AUGUCUCCGAAAAAGCUCGUUACAGUCUACGGUGCCACGGGCGUUCAAGGGGGAAGUGUUGUCGAUUCGCUGCUGCAGAACAAGUCGCAUGACUUUUCACUGCGCGCCAUCACCCGAAAUCCAGACUCUGAAAAGGCCAAGAAACUCGCCGCUCGAGGCGUAGAGGUGGUCAAGGCAGAUGGAUUCCACAAAGACGAGGUUUUGGAGGCUUUCAAGGGCAGCUGGGCCGUCUUUGUGAAUACCAACACUUCUGACCCUGCCCUGCACCGUCCAGGGGGGAUAACUGAAAGCGGUCUGGGAAAGCUCGUUGUCGAUGCGGCUUUUGAAGCUGGCGUGCAGUACUUUGUCUAUAGCGGGCUGGCAUCGGCGACCCUGACCACCCACGGCGCUGUGUCCUCUGAAGGCUUCGACGAGAAGUACGCUGUGGGAGAGUAUGCGAAGAUCAGGGGAUUCAAGAGCGUCGUCAUUGUCAGUGCUGGCUGGUACAUGGAAAACAACUUGGUGCGGGAAUUCGCGGCCGAGAUGGGAGGAUUCCCGUUCGACGUCGAUGACGAAGGCUAUCUCACCUUUCGAGCUCCCCGCUGGGGCGGCACCGACGAGGUUCCCUUUAUUUCAAUGGAGGACGACUACGGCGAUCUUGUACACGGCGUUUUGCUCGCCCCAGAACUUUACAAUGGGCGCUUUAUCCAUGGCAUCAGCGACAAAGCCAAGUGCGAGAAGAUGGUCUCCGAGUUUCAAAAGAUCACCGGGAAAAAAGCGCGCUAUGUCCCGAUUGAUUGGAAGUCUAUCGACACCAGGGGAGAUCCUGAUCUGGAAACAGUCAAGGCCAUGUUUGGCUUUCUCCAACAUUCUGGAGGAAGGUAUUUUGGAGAAGUCGACGACAUUGGGCCGGCAAGGGAGCUCAAGGCUCGCGCAACGGCAGCGAAAGGAUUUCCGGAGGAGCUCAUGACGCUCGAGCGAUGGAUGCACAAACAUUAUUCUCCUUGA